AUGUCCCGGCGCAAACGCUCACCUUGCUCAACCGGCUCCACGUUGAGUCCGCAGCCCAGGAAGGCUGCGGAAGCGGAGCUAGAUACAUCCGCCUACAAGCCAAAUACCGUUGACGCGAAUAUGCGCGAUAAAUUCAUCGCUCUUGGCCAGGACAAGUGCCACUUCAUUUACCAGCUUUGUCUUGCGACAGGUGCCAAAACAAUCGUGGAGGCUGGCACCUCUUAG